CUGAAGCACUCACUCAAGCACAUCGUGAACAUCACGCCCAUUCCAUUCUAUUCCAAUCUACGGUUACAGUCUUCGCCAUUUUCGAUUUAAAAAAUCUCGAACCAGAGUUCCGUCGAGACCAGAAUCGAAAUCGCAUUUUUUCCUCAGAUCAAAGGAGAUUCGAAUCGGAGACCGAAUUGUUUUCGGUUCCGCAAUGGAGGAAGAGAGACAGCCACUGAAGGAAGAGAAAAAGGCUCCACAGGAAGGAGGUGAAGUCGCCGGAGAAACGGAGAAGAAGGAAUCAACGGCGCCGCCGCAGAAAAGUGGUGGCGGAGGUGGAUGGGGAGGCUGGGGAUUUUCGCCGUUUUCUGUUCUCUCUGAUCUCCAAAAGGCGGCCGAAGAGAUUUCUCGCAAUGCUGCUGUGGCCGCGAAGGGCAUUGCGGACCUGCAAAAUGCUGAGGAGGAGUCAGAGUCUUCUAGGGAGGGUGAAGGGACUGAAGAAUCUGCAGCUGAACCUGAAAAGGAGAAUGAAGAAUCUGAGGAUGAGAGUUUGAAACUUCGGAAGUCUGCUCUGGACAGAUUGGAGAAAGCUAGUGAAGAUUCAAUCUUUAGUCAGGGUCUUAAGGUUUUGGAUAAUUCUGUGGAGAAUUUUGCUUCAGGAGCAUGGCAGGCGUUUGGAAGUGCAUGGAAAGGCGGCACAGAAUUGGUCCAUAAGCUUGAGCAUUCUGCUGCAAACCUUGCAGAAUCUAUUCAGCACGGUGGUCCCGUUGCGCCAUCCAUAUUAGAGACUGGAAAAGCUUUUACCUCAAAGGGAAUCCAAGUGCUCGAGCUCGUAGGAAAGGAGACUAUGGAUCUACUUAUCUCAGAGACUGGUAUAGAAGUUGAAAAGAACUCUAAAGGCGCCGAAGAAAAAGCUGAUGAGAGUCAGUUGUUUGAGGAAGUGACAUUUGACCGAUGCUUUUAUAUAUAUGGGGGUCCAGAACACUUGGAGGAACUGGAGGCGUUGUCCAGCCAUUAUGCAUUGUUAUUUAACCGAAGAAAAGGAAAGUUAUUAUCAGAACAGAAGUCUGUUUAUGAUGGAAUGCUUAAAGAGGCUCAGCAGAUUUUCAGUUUAAGUACCGUACUGGAUGGAAGUGGUGGUGAGUUGGGCAAAGGAAAGAAAAAGGAGACUACGGUUGAUGGAAGUAGUGAUGAGAUUAAAGAUUUGCAUGAUUCGAGUGUGAGCAAGGCUGCUGACAUGGCUGCAGGAGCAUCGAUCUUGGUUAUGGCCGGAAAGAAGUGGGAGGAGAGGUUUGAGUCGAUGGGGAAGGAGAUUCAACAUGUUAGGGCAGAGAUGAACCAGUACUUCGCUGAUUUGCGUCGACUGAUGGAAGAGCAAAUGAAGCUUCUGUUGGUGACGGGGAAAGCUAUGACGCUGACAAAGGAAAUCGGCCCAAGCGUCGCCAGAAAUCGGGAUGAGGAAAUUGGUUCGGGUCAAGUUGCAGGCCGUGGGUCGUUGGCCGGAGUUGAGGAAAUUGGGCAUGAAGGAAGGAUUUCGGCUGAUCAUAGGGUUUCCAGAGAGGAUCGCCGGGAGACGUUGGGGGUUGUCGGCGGCGGGGUUGGGUUGAACGGAGGGGGAAUCGACCGUGGAAAAGGGCCGGCGGUGGAACCUAGGGAAUUUGGAGGGGCUCGACGCGAAUCAGACCUGAACGGAGAUCCUUGGGCAACGUUUGGCGGCGGAAUAAGUUUCGAUUUCGGCAAUUUGGGGGUUGGGUCUCGCGAUUUUUGGUUUGGGUCUUGGAAUUCAAGAGUCGUUAGGGCUGAUUUUGGAGCAAUGUUGACUGGGUCUCCGCCUUCUGGCAUGGUUGGAACUGGGUCAGCGUUUUUGAGCGUGAAUUCAGGCAUGAUUUGGGUUGGGUUCCGAAAUUCCGGCCGAAUGUGGACUGGGUGCCGUGAUUCGGGUGCAAUUGGGGCUGAUUCCCGCUCAAUUGGGGUUGGGCCUCCUAAUAAUGCUCCAUUUGACGUUCCAAGAUUCAAGCUCAUCAAUAUGGGAAGGAAGUGGAGUCAUUCGGCUGCAAUUUCUUGACUUACACCUUAAGGACAAGGUGUUUGUUUGGGGCGGGAGUAAUGAUAGGAACUUAUUAGUUGGUUAGAGAAGUUAGUAGUUUGUUAGAAAGGAUGUUAUUAGUUAGUUACUGGCAGAGGAUAUUAAAAGGGGGGUUUGGGAACUGAGAGAGGGGAGAAAAUUACUGGAGUCUUGUUGAGGAAGUCUUGGCUAAUGCUGAGCAGGGGAGAUUGGGCAGUAUCUCGAAGAACUG